AUGAGUUCAGAAGCACCUCCGCAGCCUCAAGGGCAACCCCAAGGUCCACCUCAAGGGCAACCUCAAGGACCGCCUCAAGGCAUGCCUCAAGGGCCACCGCAACCCGGCCAGCAGCCCACACCCGAGCAAAUACAGCAGAUGCAACGCCAGCUUGCUAUCGAGGCAGAGAAGAACGGAAUGACCGUCCCCGAAUAUAUCAACAAACUCAAGCAGCAGGCCAUGGCGCAACACCAAGCGCAAUUGCGCCAGCAACAGAUGGCGCAACAACAGCAGCAGCAACAGCAGCAGCAGCCGAUCCAACCGGGACCGCCGCAACCAGAUGCGAUCGCGCUUGCAAAUUGGUUGAAGAACCAGGACUUGAAGCCCCGUACGGUGAUCCACGACGAGAAGCGAAAGGACAUGUUUAAAGUCAAGCGCGCAAUCCGUGUCCUCAUGUCCCCAGCCUACGAGAAAGCCUGCUCCAAGAACCCAAUCCUACCUAAAGUGAACGACCGUGUCACCGCAGAGAACGCCUUCAAGAAACUCCCUCUCUCGCUCCUCGCCCUUCGCGUCUCAAAAGUCGACGAUCAAGCCCAUGAAGGCCACAACCAUGCCAAACCCAAGCGGGUCAAGGGUCUCUGGACUGUCAAAAUCGAGCAGCACCAGGAAGCCAACGACGACUGCUACUACAUCUGGCUGUACGAGGGCUCACAGUGGAAGCAGAAGCUGUACGCGGUCGGCGCGCUCGUUGGUAUCCUCGCCGUGGUGCUCUUCCCUCUGUGGCCCAUGAAGCUGAGGCUAGGCGUGUGGUACAUCUCUAUGGGCAUGCUUGGUCUCAUCGGUCUUUUCUUCGCCAUGGCUAUCGUCCGGUUGAUCCUCUUUAUUGUCACCAUGUUUGCGGCACCUCCUGGUCUGUGGCUGUACCCGAAUCUCUUCGAGGAUGUAGGCUUCUUCGACUCUUUCCGACCAGUGUGGGCAUGGCAAGAGACACCCGAGGACAUCAAGAACAAGAAGCGCGCAAAGAAGGAGAAAAAGGCCGCCAAACUCGCCGCCAGAGCAGCGGGAACGCCCCUCAACGGCAAAGCCGCCAAAGGCAAGAAAAACAUCUCAGGCACUGCAACUCCUCAGCCCGAAGCCCAAGCUCCCGCACCUACGCCCGUCCCAAUUGCAGCCGAGUCAGCACCGCAGCCUACCGGAUCAGAAGCUGCUCCUCCAACAGGUACGGUCUCCCAGCGGCCGCCGCGCGCAACGGUAGAAGAGGCGGAGGAUGACGAGUAG